UGGCCCCGCCAGGCCGCCGUCAGGGGCGGGCCCGCGCCACAGCCAUGGCGGCGCCCGUCGUGCCGGAGACAGACAGCAUCCGCAGGGCCGUGUCGCUGCUCAACGCCGUGGACCCGGGCCGGUUUCCGCGGCUCCUUUCUCGCCUUCUCCAGAAGCUGCACCUGAAGGCUGAAAGUACCUUCAGUGAAGAGGAGGAAGAAAAACUUCAAAUAGCUUUUUCAUUGGAAAAACAGGAUCUUCAUCUGGUUCUUGAAACUAUAUCAUUCAUUUUGGAACAGGCAGUCUAUCACAAUUUGAAACCUGCUUCACUGCAACAGCAGCUACAAAGCAUUCACCUGGAUCAAGACAAAGCUGAAGCAUUUGCUAGUGCGUGGGCAGCUGCAGGCCAAGAUACGAUUGAAAAGUUCAGGCAGAGGGUUUUGACCCCUCAGAAGCUUGAAACAGUUGGAUGGCAGCUUAAUCUUCAAAUGGCGGAGUCCAUGCAAGCAAAGCUGAAGUCUCCUCAAGCUGUGCUAGAGCUGGGAGUGAGCAAUGAAGAUUCAAAGAACCUGAAGAAGGUGUUUGUAGAAUUUAGCCAUCAGGAGCUUUUUGAGUUCUACAACAAGCUGGAAACUAUACAAGCACAGCUGGAUUCCCUUACGUGAUGUUUUUGAAGACUUAUUUCUCCAUCACGCUCCUGCCACCUCAUUAUUUUGAAUUGAAGAUAGAUUGCUAAGCUGCAUUUCCUGAAGGAUUCAGCAGGUUGCUUCUUGUAAAAUUAUAUGGCUUAUCUGCUUUUCAGACCAGUACCAUUAGCCAAGAGUCUUUGUCAAGGAUCUGAAGAUUCUAAUGGACUUUCUUCUCUUGUUUGCUUAGCAGCUGUGAAAAAUGUCUCCUUUACUUACAGUGGGGAAACACCCUGCCCACGCCCUCCCUCCCCCAAAGAAUGCUACCCUGCUUCAGAAAUAUUUUUUUUCCAUUCUAUUAUGUGUGUUACUUGAUUCUGGUAGAAAUUUGCAUGUUAGUGAGAGACCAGGAAAAAAACCCAUUUUUGUAGACAUAAAUAUAGAAGUUAUAAGAAAAUACACAGCUAAUAAAAUCUCUAUUGUUUUUAAAUAAUAUUCACACAAUUGAUAAUGCUUCUUGCAGAUUUGUCAAAAUAAAUUCAGAAUUUUUGAAACUUUA